AUGGCCGAGGAUAACAUUAAUAAUGGCAAUAAUGCCAUUAAUCUGGUUCCUGAAACAAAUAGAGCACUACGAGAUUAUUGUUCGGUCCAGUUCGGUGGGUUACCCAACGAUGAUUCUAAUUCUCAUUUGGUAAAUUUCCUGGAGAUUUGUGAUACCUUUAAAUACAAUGGUGUAAUUGACGAUGCUAUUAGAUUGAGACUGUUUCCGUUCUCUAUGAGGGAUAAAGCAAAAAGCUGGCUUAAUUCACUACCUAAUGGGUCUAUCACUACAUGGGAGGACUUAUCUCAAAAGUUUCUCGCAAAGUUCUUUUCACCUACAAAGACUACAAAGCUGAGGAACGAAAUCACCUCAUUCACACAAUUUAAUGGUGAGUCCUUGUAUGAAGCUUGGGGGAGAUUUAAAGAACUACUACGAAAAUAUCCACAUCAUGGGAUUCCUGAUUGGUUGCAAGUUCAAACAUUCUACAAUGGGUUGGCUGGAUCAAUUAAAACCACAAUUGAUGUUGCUGUUGGUGGGGCAUUGAUGAGUAAGAAUGCUGCAAAUGCUUAUAAUUUGUUGGAAGAGAUGGCUUUAAAUAAUUAUCAAUGGCCUUCAAAAAGGUCGAGUUCGAGAAAAGUUAUUGGAGCCUAUGAAAUUGAUGCAAUUGGCAACUUAGUUGUGCAAAUGGUUGCACUGUCUAAGAAGAUUGACACAUUGGGAGUUCAUGUAGUUCAAAAUUCAUUAGUACUUUAUGAGAUGUGUGGAGAUGGCCAUUCAUAUGAUCAAUGUCCAUGCAAUUUUGAAUCAGUCCAGUUUUUGGGGAACUUCAAUAGACAACAGAAUAACCCAUACUCCAAUACUUAUAAUCCUGGUUGGAGAAACCACCCCAACUUUUCAUGA